AUGCUUCAAUUAAGUGGUUUUUUAAAUUGUUCUAAUGGUGAAAAUUUAUCAUCUAAUCAUCAUAUAAAUUUAUAUGAAGUUUCACGAUAUAAUCAUAAUUACAAAAUAGGAAAUUCAAAGUUAUUUUCAAAUAAAUCAUUUUUAUUAAAAGCAAAUAUAGAGUUGGAGACAGAUUAUUUUUUUCAAAUAAAAAGUAAAUGUGGUUUACCAAAUAAUUCAUCAUGCCACCGAGUAACAAAAUAUGAAUUUGAUUUUUUAUAUCAUUAUGAAAUUAUUCCUAUAACAAAUAAGAUAUUUUUUGGUACCAUUUUUUUAGAUGAAUAUUAUGAUGGAAGUUUUAUAAUAUGUGAUGAUGACAAUGAAUUUCCAGGAUUUUAUAUACCAGACUCUUUAGAAUAUUUAAUGCACAUUUUAAGAAAUUAA